AUAACUCCUAAGUUUCUUUCUUAACCAAACACAAAAUUUAGUUUUCUUUCCCAGAAAAUAAUAAGCUAUUACCUGAUCAUUUCGAAGCUAGCUUGUUGUCGGUGCAACAUAAAUGAGGAGAAUUAGUUGGUCUACUGUUUUGAUCAUGGUGGUGGUGGCGUUGCUAGUGGUAGAACACGUGGUGGUUCCAGCGGCGGCGGGGAGAGUUCUAACGGAGAAGUUAGGAGGCGGAAGAGCAACGGCGAUGAGGGUGGAGAUGAUGAAAUCGACGGUGGAUUCAUGGUUUCAGCGUUUGGCUUCGGGUCCGAGUCCAAAAGGUCGCGGCCAUUAAAUCACAUAAGCUCCCUUUUACCGAGUGAAGGAGACUUAAUUAGUCUGUGCUCCAUAUACCACACUAGUAAAAAAAACUGUAUUCCAUUCAUUCAUUUAGGCAAAUUAGUAUUAUUUAGUGGCAGAAACUAAACCAAAUAUAUAUACAUGUACAUAACUUUGCAUUUAAUUGAAAAUUUCAAUAAGACUUCAUAC